UUUUUGUGCAGAUUAUAGACGGCUAUAGACGUGUUUUCUUUAUGGUCACAAUGUGUUGGUGGAGCUGGGAUGUGUCUACCCUUCAACAUGCUAAAUUACGAUUUUAGAAUUUAUCUGAGUAAAAAGUAUUUAAAUAGAAAAUCUACGUUAUGCCCUCUAAAAUUCAAAGCGACCUUUGGUGAUGUAACGUUAAGCGCAGAAACAUCUGUGUCAAAGAUUUAAAACAUCUGGAUUAAACCACUUCCAGACAUUAUUUUUGUACAUACGCUGUUCGGAUCAUCGGAAACCCAUCACAGAAGCAAGAACACCUGAUCGGAGUCGGACUAUACCAUGUUGGCACCUGUUAGGACUGUGGGCACUGAGAAAGGGACAUGUCCACUGCUCUCUGUCCAGCCCUGUCGAGGGCUGUUGGACGAGAAGUUUCAGAUUGUCAUAAUGAAUUUACUGCCAAAUCAAGAGGUCACGAUAUACUGUCUACACCAAUCAGAAGACAAGGACUUCUGGGAGGCAUUUGGACACUACAUCAGUGAUGAACAUGGAACAGUGACAGUGGCAAAAGAUGAGAGUUUGGGAGGCACCUAUGAAGGCACAGAGCAGAUGGGGUUGAUAUGGAGCAUGAGACCCACACCAGGAAGUCGAUCUGGACUCAGGUUGCGUAAGAAAAAUGUUCUUACACCGAUGGUGAUUCACAUUUCAGUGUACAGUGGGCAUCUAUCUGAAGGAUUUAGCGAGAAAACACCCCUGGCCACGAGCGUCGCAGAACGCUGGUACGUUGCACCAGGUGUUCAGAGGGUGAACGUCAGGGAGAAACGAGUACGAGGAACUUUAUUUCUUCCUCCAGGCCCUGGGCCGUACCCAGGAGUGCUGGAUCUGUGGGGAGGAGGUGGUGGUUUGGUCGAGUAUCGUUCUGCCCUGCUUGCAUCUCAUGGCUUUGCGUCCAUGGCACUUGAUUACUUCGCUCCAGAAGAGCUGAAAACUGUUGAUGUGUCGUACUUUGAGAAAGCAUACCAGAUUUUACAAAAUCAUCCAAAGGUACAGAAGGACAAUCUGGCAAUGUUUGGACUAUCUUUUGGAACUGCCAUCACAUUAAGCAUGGCGGCCAACUCAAAAGUCAUCAAGCCCCAGUGCUGUGUGUGUAUCAAUGGAAGUCAUGUGGUUCCUAUUGAUAAAUCUCUUUUUGAAGUCUUUGAGGAGAUAAAAAAGCAUACGGAUAGGAUACGUAUGAAUGAGGAGAACCAGAUAAUACAUAGAGACCUCAUUUUGCCGAUUCCCUCAGACCCGGCUCUCAAAGUAGACGUUGGGAGAAUAAAGUGUCCUCUUCUGUUGGUGAAUGGUGGUGAUGAUCAGAGCUGGCCUUCUGUUGAAUCUGCUGCAGAUAUCGAGAUGAUGAUGGAGAAAGCAGGAAAUCGGCACUUGUUGACAGUCCUGACAUAUCCUGAUGCGGGUCAUCUGAUCGAACCACCGUACUCGCCGCACUUCCGAGCAACUAACUUCAUCCGGCAACAAACAAGCGGGAAAAUUGUCAUGCUAUGGGGUGGACAGACCAAACCUCACGCUUACGCACAAGAGGACUCAUGGAGCAAGACAAUAGCAUUUCUGCACCAGCACCUCUGCUUCAGUUCAAACUUUGCAAAGGCCAAACUGUAGUUUUUUUUUCAAAUGGAAUGAUAUAUGAUUGCCAGCACUUGUUGUUACAUUUUGCUUUGGUACCUGCAUUAAGGAUUACUUUUUAUGUGAUACAUUUGUAGCAGAUUUUACAUAAUUCAUUAAUUAUGUUUGCAAUAAAGGGGGGUUAUAAAUAUAGCAUUAUUACACAGGUUUUGAUAACACUAACUAAGGAAUUACAAGCACAGUUUAGGUUUUUUGAGAACGAUUUCUUUGCACACCAGUGAUCAAACUACAUUUUCUUCAUUUUGUACCGGCGUUUAGAUGAUUUCAUUGUUUCAUUUUAUUUCGUUUAACUUUCUUUGUUUCUUUUGAUUAAAAAGAGUGAUUUCUAUUUUCUAAUGUGAAUAUCAUAAUUAUUCAGUAUUUUAAAUAAAAGAAUUGAUGCAAAAGCCUUAAGGUUUUAAUAUUUUAGUGAUUCUGUAACUACUUGCUGUAAAAAAUGAACUUUACAUCACUUGUUUUUGUAGUCACUGAUAAAUUGUGGAUGAGUAAAUAUGCUGUAUUAAAAUCCAUAUCAUUUAACAAA